GUAUCAUACUGGUCUCAAUCCAGGAGAGUUGUCUGUCUUUCAGACCCAUGCCCCAGUCUAUUUAUCAGACAAAGCACCUCCUUCUUUCCUUCAUGUUACAUUUUCCUCGCUCCUUUUUUUACCUCUACCCCUAUCCAGAGCAUAGAUAUCCGAAAUAAUCACUGCUCUAUUUUACCACGGUACGGCACUUCCAUCUGACCUAUUAUAUCAUAUUCAACCCCCCGACAAAGAACAGAGGAUGGGAAAGAAAAACCCGCCCAUAGAUUUCCUGAAAGUCCUCACCUCGCCCACCCGAUCCGGUUCUCCGGUCGCCAACCGGCAACAGUCCCGUUCACCACAGCCUUACCGGAGGAGACCUCCACCGACCCCAAGAGUGCCGCUUGCCCCACCCCUGGACAACACCGCAUACCUCCCUUCACCGGCUCUGACCCCAGAAGCAUCUCGCGGAACUUCUCGGUUUGCACAGAAGUCCUACUAUGGGGGGUCGGAGUCGGGCACAGAAGCUGACGAUGAGCUUGCGCGAAAGCUUCCCGCUCCACCGGGAAAGAGGAGCCGCACAUCAUCCGAGGAGAGGUUUUCCGGGAAGGAAUAUGAUACUCUGGAUGGCCAAGAAGGCGAGAGAGGUAGACGGCGACGGAGACUGAUCGGUGAUGGAUGUGGGCUGGGGGGAGAGAAGAGAAAACCUAGUGGGAUUGUCUUUGUGCGCCGUGGCAUUGAAAUCGGCUUGAUGGGAAUAUUGGUUGGUAUUGUGUUUUGGAGCAGAGAGGGAAGGAUCUGGAAAGAAGUGGGUAUACGGAGACAAGGUAAAUUGAGCUUGGGCUAACGGUUGGAUUUAAAAACUACUGGAGCAGUUUUUCGUUUUGCUAACUUAGGGAUCCAGAGUUCACUGCGUGGACGGCCGUGCUUUUUACAAUUUUGGCCUCUUACCCACUCCCAAUUCUACUUCACGGCAACCCCCUCGUGCUUCCGAGAUCCCUUGACCCAUCCCCACUUCUAUACCCUAUUUUUUUCCCCAUAUUGGUCGCACUUUCGAUGACAAAGGAGAACACAAUGAGCAAAAACCCGUACGUUGCCUCAAAUCUAAUUCUCAGUCUUUCAUCCCUGCCGCCAACCCUUAUACCAAGCUGUGAUCUUCGCUGGAUGCUGUCUCUACUGCCCCUCGCGAUCCCGGUGCACCCUCGCCAGUGGCCAAACCCCGAAUCCAGUUCCGAUGCGCUCUCAUUUCUCCCACCACUUCACUUUGUAUUAAACUCGGUUCUGACCACUCUUCUACAUCCCUCCUUGACCUCAACCGAGCUUAAAAUGGUUACAACGGCGUUGAUCAACCUUUUGAUUUACGCAUCGUCGCCCCAAGCCAUUAUUCUAAAAGCUGUUCUCUGGGGCGGGGGUCUGGGCACCCUGAUUCUCUGCGAAGACGUCAUAAGGUGGAACGUCAAUCUUGCACGCGUUCCUUCUCACAAGUUGCGCCGCGCUGGAAAUGCCAUUAUCAGCAUUGGAAGAUGGAAAAAGUUCACCUCUCUAAGAGCGAAGGGGCAAGCAAGUGAUAGCGAAGGGGAGCUGCUGAAUAUAACCUUGAAAACUUCUAAGUCGGGAAAGUUAAGGCCCGUUAGCCAAAAAUCUUUCUAUACCGCUCUCACCCACGAGCAAGCCAGAAAGCGCAAACUCGCAUAUUCUCUAUGGGUAUAUGGUAGCGUUGUGUGUAUCGUCAUGAUAGCGCUGCGCCCCUAUAUCGGGAAGUAUGCCUUGGCUGGCGUCGACCCGUUUCUCUGGGCUCCAGGAUAUCUUCUCUGCGGCUUGAGCUGGUAUCAGAGUCUAGUUGACAGGAUAGCCCCGGGCUCUGGGUACUGCGUCACGGGAGGAGCCGCGUCUGCGGCCAAUCUCCGUUUGCUCAUAAUCGGAUGCUGGCUAGUGGUGCUAGUCGUGGGAAUUAGUUUAGUGACCGCUGUCCUGGCACAUAUUGAAGUAAAUACCAGGAGAAAGGUCUUCCAUGGAAUGGUUGUCAUCAUGUUUCUUAUCCCGGGGGUCCAGGACCCGGCAUUCACAUAUCUUGGGCUAAGCCUGACACUAGCGGUGUUCCUACUUCUCGACACGGUCAGAGCGGGGCAGCUACCCCCAUUCAGUGGAAAAAUCGCCGUAUUCCUGCAACCUUUUGUUGAUGGAAGAGACCUCAAAGGUCCGGUAAUUGUUUCCCACGUCUUUUUGCUCCUUGGGUGUGCUGUUGGAUGGUGGUUUACACUUGCUUCCAUAGACUCCCAGGAGGGUGAUUCCUGGGAUCAGUCAGGGAGGCAGGUCGGCUUGGCCUUCGUGAGCGGGGUAGUUUGUGUCGGACUCGGCGAUGCAGCCGCGUCACUAAUUGGAAGAAGAUUUGGAGGAACCAAAUGGGGCUGGAGAGGCGGGAAAAGUGUCGAGGGGAGCCUCGCCUUCACUCUCGCCGUUAUGACCGGCUUAAGCGUGGCCAGGUGGUGGGUGGGCACGGAAACCCAGACAUGGUCUCUCGUAGACUGGGCCAAGAUUGCCACAGUAGGGCUUUGGGGGAGCAUGGUAGAGGCGGUGGUAACCGGCGUUAAUGACAAUAUUGUGGUGCCUGUCGGUGCUUGGAUAUUGGUCCAGGGUUUGGGACUUUCGUAAUGGCUGGCCCCCACCCAGUUGCCCCGGAUACACCAACCCUGUUUUUGGGGAUUUGGCGCCACGGAUUCCACGGGGUUGGUUUUUUCUUUCUCUUUCUCAUACCGGUUUUAUACGAGGGAGUUGUGCUUAUAUUAGAGGAUGGUGGGAGUCAUAAUUCCGGAUAAUGCCCCGCCAGCGUUUAUAAUCACUAUAUUUCACUCCUAUAGGCAUAUACUCAUUUUCGAUUGGUAAUGGAUGCGUAUAUACAAGUACCUGUACUGGUAUUCGACUCGAUACCCCCUCUUCUCCCGCCGGGACGGGGCAACAAGCGCACAGCCGCCUUCGGUGACCACAGCAUCGCUCGUAGGAGCACUGCAGUACGGCGCGUAGACUAUAUCACAAUACUACCCCGCACGGUAUAUCACUGUACCAGUAUACUCGUAUAUGGUGUUCGGGUAUUAUCACUCGAGUUGUCAAGCGGCACUCUACUAGUACCGACCAUCGAAACCAAAGUUGUAUCGGAAAAAUAAUUAGGUAACUUAUGUUUGCCGGUAGUCC